ACAAAAUAAACCUCAUUGACCCGAGGCCAUCAAAAUUUUCACAGGUUUUUUACUUGUAAAUAAACAAGCUCCAAAGUUUAUAGUGAGUUUCUAUUUCGUUUGAUUAAAUUAUUUGUACAAAAAUGGCCUGCACGAGCUUCAACGUGGACAAGUACAAAACCAUCCACGAAUGCGACGAACACUGGGAACUGCGCAAGAUGUUCAUGGAGCGCUAUAAGGAUCGCUUCGAGGAGGACGAACUGGUUUGCCUAGCUCAGGUAUUCACUAACGUGGAGUUCCUGCGUUGCCGAUAUCCUGCAGAGACUAUGGCACUGAUUGCGGAACUGUCUAAAGACGUAGCUGCCGAGUUUCGACAAUCCAGAGAAAGCAAACUAAAACGUACCUUUGUGGCCGCAUCUGAUGCUGCUGCCGCCAGAUACGCUAAGAAAUAGACAAGCUUUGGCGACGGAGGUUUUCGAAGAUCGUCCGAUGAAAACAGCGAUGUAUUUUAAAUACUGCACAUUUAUUUUUUAAUCAUUAAAUUUAAUGAUUCUAGGAUAAAUUAGUGACAUAUUUCAUGUAUAAGUUCAGCUUUUUGAAAUAAAAAUAUGGUAGAGGAGUGCAAGUUUUUUAGCUAACAAA